AUGACACCAUGGACUGCUACCAAUGCGACUACGAUUGACGAUGCAUUGAUUGAGUAUGAAGAGGAGGUUAUACGCCAGCCGUUCGCUAUACAGACGUGGAUCUCGUAUCUCCGCGCUCUUUCUGACGCUCCAAUCUCUACUCGGUACAAUAUCUAUGAACGAGGACUUUACUCUCUUCCACGUAGCUAUAAACUUUGGAAAAUGUAUCUAGAUGAUAUGUACGAGACCCAAGUGCGUGGACAACGGGUAGACUCGCCUUUAUUUCCACAACUCGUGGCACUGUACGAACGCGCACUCACUCAAUUAUCUACAAUGCCGACAUUGUGGCUGGAAUAUCUUAAUGUGCUACAAGAAAUGCACGUGGUGACAACACGUCGUCAUGUGUUUGACAGAGCGCUCCGAGCAUUGCCCAUUACUCAGCACCAUCGCAUCUGGACGCCGUAUUUACGUUUUGUCAAGCAAAUUGGCGUGUCACGUACAGCAGUGCGUGUAUAUCAGAGAUAUUUGAUGCUAGAGCCUUCAAAACGAGGAGAUUUUGUAGACUAUUUGGUGUCAGUGGAGCACUUCGAAGAGGCCAGUUUGCAGCUUGUGAAGCUUAUUGAGACAACCCAGGACCUAGAAGCAAGCACGAACCGGACGCUGCAUAGUAUGUGGAUGCAACUUUGUGAUAUGGUGUCCCAGCAUCCGACACGUGUGGCAAAGUCGCUGGAUGUUGAAGCGAUCUUGCGUAGUGGAAUGACACGGUUUAGUGACGAGGUGGGACGACUCUGGUGCUCCUUAGCGACAUACUUUGUUCGACUUGGAAUGUUUGAAUCGGCUCGAGAUGUGUACGAAGAGGGAGUUCGCACGGUACUUACUGUGCGCGACUUCAGCAUGAUCUUUGACGCUUACGUAAAGUUUGUUGAGGCAAUGCUCACGGCCGAGAUGGACCUCGCGGCUGGAGGGGAUGAAGAUGAUGAUGAUGACGACGACGUAGAUCAUCAAGCACAAGUGGACCGGUUGCUAAAGGUGUACGAGGAUGUGGCUGAACGACGACCUCUGCUGCUGAAUUCAGUGCUGCUGCGACAAAACCCUCACAACGUGCGGGAAUGGGAAAAACGUGUAGAGUUGGUCAAGUUUGAUUUAUCGAAAGUUAUUCGCACAUAUGCUGAGGCAGUAAAGACAGUCGACCCAGUCAAGUCAGGUGGACGCUUACCAACGCUGUGGGUCCAGUUCGCAAAAUUUUACGACGAACAUGGCGACUUGAGCAACGCACGAACGAUUUUUAAGAAGGCUUUGGAUGUGGAAUACCGUAGCUUCCAGGAACUGGCAGUUGUGUACAUUGAAUGGGUGGAACUGGAGCUUCGGCACGAAAACUUUGAUGAAGCGCUUAUACUUGUGCGUGGUGCUUGCACCAUUUCAACCUCACGCACCAUUCGUUUGCGCAAGCAGCAGGCGUUAACUGCUAAGGACAAUGUACAUCUUAGCGUGAAGUUGUGGACGCUGCGCUUAGACCUGGAGGAGAGUCUUGGUGACCUCGAGUCAACUCGCGCUGCAUACAAUGCGGUCUUUGAGCUCAAGAUUAUCACACCUCAGAUGGUAUUGAACUUCGCGGCAUACCUGGAGGAGAAUAAGUACUUUGAGGAGUCAUUUCGUGUGUACGAGCGCGGUUUGGCGCUCUUUCCAAAAUUUCCGCAUGCGGAAGAUCUGUGGCAAACCUACCUGACCAAGUUUGUGCAACGCUAUGCUGGUACUAAAGUAGAACGUACUCGUGACUUGUGCGAGCAGGCUAUCCGUGCGGCUCCGGCUAAGUCGGUCCGUAAAUUCUACGAGAAGUUUGCCGAGUUUGAAGAGCAGCACGGUAUGCUGCGCAACGUGAUGACAAUUUAUGAGCGUGCUUCUGACGCUGUGCCUGAUGAAGACAAAUUGGCGAUAUACGAUGGGUACGUAAAGAAGGCUCAAAAGUUUUUUGGCGUGGCAAAAGUACGCAGUGUGUACCAGCGUGGUAUCGAGCAGCUACCAGACAAUUGUGUCCCGAAUUUGUGUCUAAAGUUUGCAGAAAUGGAGACAAAGCUGGGCGAAUUCGACCGUGCAAGAGCCAUCUACGCACACGCAUCUCAAUUCUGCAACCCGCGGCAACACGAAAAGUCAUUUUGGAAGAUGUGGCAUGAGUUUGAAGUCUCUCACGGCUCCGAGCACACAUUCCUUGAAAUGCUGCGGAUCAAACGCUCUGUGGUGGCCCAAUACUCUCAAGUAAACUAUGUCGCGUCUGAAAGUGCUCCUGAAGAUGGACAGUCAUCGAAGAUUGUAGGAAUGGUUGCAGCAUCAACACCAGCAUCUGUCGUGAAUAACGAUGCAAUGGCCAGUUUAGAAGCACAGCUUAAUGUGCCGGUAGCUGAUAAAGUGAACGAUGCAAAGGAGAGGAAAAGGGAAGUGGAAAAAUCUGAGACCGAGCGGAAGGUGCGCCAAAAGCACAUUGUCGAAGUAGCGAACGAAGAAGAGAUUGAGUUGGAGGAGGAGGAGGAGGAGGAUAAAGAAGAAGCAGAACACACGGAAACAGUAGGAGGGGAGACUGAUAUUGAAGAGCGUGACUUUCCAGCUACGUUGUUUGCUAGCUCUGUCACAUCACUAAAGAAGAAAUGA